AUGGUUCCUUUCCAUGUGGCCACUGUGAAGAGUGUGUCUAGUCAGCAGGAUGGUAACCGAACUUGCUACAUACGGAUAAUAUUUAAUGUACCUGGCACCCCUUUUAGCCCUCAUGAUGCAAACUCCCUCAAGUUUCAAGGGUCAAUAUAUUUGAAGGAGGUUUCGUUUCGUUCGAAGGACUCUAGACAUAUAAGUGAAGUGGUACAGCAGAUUAAAACCCUACGCCGACAGGUUACUUCUAGAGAAUCCGAGAGGGCAGAGAGAGCAACCUUAGUAAGUCAGGAAAAGCUUCAACUCUCGUCUGCCAAAUUCAAGCCAAUAAAAUUGUUUGAUCUGUGGGUCCGUCCUCCUUUUGGUGGUCGUGGAAGAAAAUUGACUGGUUCACUUGAAGCCCACACAAAUGGCUUUCGCUAUUCAACUUCAAGGCCUGAUGAACGUGUUGAUGUAAUGUUUGGUAACAUUAAGCAUGCAUUCUUUCAGCCAGCAGAGAAGGAAAUGAUUACUCUCCUGCACUUUCAUUUGCAUAAUCACAUAAUGGUGGGGAACAAAAAGACCAAGGAUGUGCAAUUUUAUAUUGAGGUAAUCGAUGUGGUCCAGACAAUUGGAGGGAGCAAAAGAUCAGCCUAUGACCCUGACGAGAUUGAGGAAGAACAGCGUGAGAGGGAUCGAAAGAAUAAAAUAAACAUGGACUUCCAGAACUUUGUGAAUCGGGUGAAUGAUGUAUGGGGUCAACCUCAAUUCAAAUCACUUGACCUUGAGUUUGAUCAGCCUUUAAGAGAGCUUGGGUUCCAUGGGGUUCCCCACAAAGUUUCAGCUUUCAUAGUUCCAACAUCAAGUUGCUUGGUUGAGCUGAUAGAGACACCUUGUGUGGUGAUAACUCUGAGUGAGAUUGAGAUAGUUAAUCUGGAGAGAGUUGGCCUUGGGCAGAAGAAUUUUGAUAUGACUGUCGUCUUCAAGGACUUUAAACGGGACGUCCUUCGAAUAGACUCUAUACCCUCUACAUCACUAGAUGGCAUAAAGGAGUGGCUUAACACGACCGACCUCAAGUAUUAUGAGAGUAGAUUAAAUCUGAACUGGCGGCCUAUACUGAAAACUAUUACUGAUGAUCCAGAAAAAUUCAUAGAGGAUGGUGGGUGGGAAUUUUUAAACAUGGAAGUUAGUGAUUCAGAUUCUGAAAACUCAGCAGACUCGGACCAAGGGUAUGUGCCUUCAGAUGUGCAAUCUGACUCAGGUUCUGAUGAUGAAGAUGAUGACAGUGAGUCUUUGGUGGAGUCUGAGGAUGAUGAGGAAGAGGACUCUGAGGAAGACUCGGAGGAGGAAGAAGGAAAGACAUGGGAAGAGUUGGAGAGGGAAGCAAGUUAUGCUGACAGGGAGAAGGGGAAUGAUUCAGAUAGUGAGGAGGAGAGAAAAAGAAGGAAGACCAAGGCAUUUGGUAAGGCUCGAGAGCCAGCUCGAGGUCCAGCUCGAGGUCCCGCUCGACCACCAGCUAGACCACCAACUCGACAACCAGUUCGACCGCCACUUCGACCGCCAGCACGACCACCAGCUCGACUAGUAGCUCGACCACCUGAUAGAAGAAAUGUGAGCAGCAGUCUUCCCAAGAGGCCCAAGCUAAGGUGA